CUCCUCCCACCCACGACCACUUCUCUACCAAGCCGCCCGUACCUUCCCGGUCUUCUUCUUCUUCUUCGACCUCUCCCAUCCAUUCUUAAGCUACAGCGAAUUCUGUAAGAAAGACAUGGACGAGCAGUGGAUGAUGGGGCAGACUUCCCUCAGCCUCGGCCUCAACGUGGGCCGGCCGACGGCGCGGGGAGGGGGUCCUCCGGUGCCGUCCAAGGUGCUCGUGGAGGAGGACUUCAUGUCCUCCAAGAAAAGCCACGAGGUCGAGGCGCUGGAGGCGGAGCUCCGGCGUGUGGGCGAGGAGAACAGGAGGCUGGGCGACAUGCUCCGCGCGCUGGUGGUAAAGUACUCCGACCUGCAGGGCAAGGUCAGCGGCAUGAUGGCGGCGGCGGCGGCCAAUAACCACCAGUCGUUGACGUUGACUACGUCUGAGGGCGGCUCCGCGGCCUCGCCGUCCAGGAAGCGCGCCCGUAGCGACAGCCUCGACACCGCCGGCCGCAAUCCUUCGCCUCCGCUCGCCGCGGCCGCCACCGGCGGCUUCGCCAUCAGCGUCAACGUCGGCCCCGGCCGCGACCAGGCGGAGUGCACGUCCGUCCACGAGCCGUGCAACAGCAAGCGCGUCCGCGCCGACGAGUGCAAGGCCAGCAGGGUCUCCAAGCUCUACGUCCACGCCGACCCCUCCGACCUCAGCCUCGUGGUGAAGGAUGGGUACCAAUGGCGGAAGUACGGGCAGAAGGUGACCAAGGACAAUCCGUGCCCGAGGGCCUACUUCCGGUGCUCGUUCGCGCCGUCAUGCCAGGUGAAGAAGAAGGUGCAGCGCAGCGCCGAGGACAAGACCGUGUUGGUGGCCACGUACGAGGGCGAGCACAACCACGCACAGCCGCCCAAGCUACAAGGCGCCGGCAGCAGGAAGAGCGGCGGCGACGCAGCCCCCGUCCGUGCAUCGCCGGCGCCGGCGCUCGUCCAGCAGCAGCGGAAUCAGGAGGCUCCAGCGGCCUCGGUGGCCGAUCAGGUGGCCGACAGGAAGAACCUGGCGGAGCAGAUGGCGGCGACGCUGACGAGGGACCCCGGGUUCAAGGCGGCACUCGUCUCCGCGCUCUCCGGCAGGAUCCUCGAGCUGUCGCCGUCCAAUAGCUGAUCGAGCAAGUGUCGUCGUCCUCUUCCUCUUUGAUUAAUUAGCAUUUUGUAGCUCAAAAGUUUAGAUCACGUACGCAGUCAGUGCCAUUGAUUUUGAGCUAGCUGUUAGCCGCUGCAACGUCAAGAGAGAUGAUGAUCGCUAGGCUAUGCAGAGAUUAAUUGUAUAUACUUAAUACUCCAUUAGCUCUACGGCAAGUAUGCUGGAUUUAUACAGUACUGUGGUGUGGAUGCGGCAAAGCUAUAUAUACUUAGGUUCAUAAGAUUUUACAUUCGUUAUUACUCAUGUAAUCUGUGAUGGAAAAGGAGAAACCCAUUUGGAAGAGAA